CGAAUGCCUUUGCAACAGGAAUUAGAUUUUUUAAAGAAACAAGAUACAGCUGCCAGAGUCAUUCAGCAGGCUUGGAAAAGUUUCCUUGAUGUUGCUAUAUUCCAACACUAUAAAAGGAUGAUUAAUAUAAGAAGACAAGGGGAGCCACAUCACAUAGUGAGAUAUAUUAAUCCUAAAGAGGCCAGUCUUCUAGAUGCUGCUGCGGGCGUUAUUGUACGAUUCAGGUUAGGUGGAGUUAAAUUUCCACCCAGUAUAUAUUAUAAAAUUUUCACUCACAGACAUAUUGAAGAUCUGUGUGCUAACAGUCCUAGAGAUUACACAAAACUUCCACCAAAAUAUACGUCUCAUAUUAAAAGUGAUAAUCUUCAGGAAGAUGAUCAUAGUGGCUGGUAUCGUCGUAUAGAGAACAAUGGCUGGAGACCUGUUUCUGAUAGAUUUUGGAUGCCUGCUGAAAAUGCAAUCCUGGAAGACAAAAAGGAAAGCAUAUUUCAUUUCUCUAAACUAAAGAGAAGGAAAGAUUUGGAAAAGAAAAGAAAAAUUAGAAAAAUAGAAUGGAUGAGGCAAAUGUACUACGCAGGAAGUCUGGAAGCUAAGUCAACAAAUUAUGAAACUAUAGGUUUAAUUCACACAGCAACAAAAGGGCUAAUAAGAGCCAUAGAAGAUGGUGGGAUAGAUUCUGUGAUGGAAUGGGAAGUGGAUGAAGUGCUGAACUGGACAAAUACACUGAAUUUUGAUGAGUAUAUUGCCAACUGGAAGGAAAUUGCAACAAGCAACUCUUCAGCCAACUUCAAAGGCUUCAGCUUUGAGCAAGCAGAGAAAAAUAUGUAUGACUAUGAAGAUUUAUCAGAGAGUCUGAUGGAGAUACCAGACGAUCGUUCAUAUAAUUAUGCAAGAUCACAUUUUCCUAGGCUGACACCUGAGUCCACUUAUGGAAUGUAA